AUGGCAAAAGAUGAAACCAAUAUGAUCCCCGAAGCAGUCCUCAAGAUACCAGCCCAAACAUCAUUGAUGGCUUUGCAGGUUUGGUGGCUGGGUACCCUGGACCUGGCGAGCGCAAGUGGGCGGUCACACGAACCUGAUCCUGUCAUCGAAUCGCUAGUUAUGGAUUGCCAGAUUCUUAGGAAGAACGGAUACAGAAAAGGCCGGGAAAGUUUAGCCCAGAACGUCAUUCUGAAGCGACAUGUGCAGGAAAUGGUGGAAGACCUCACCGACGACUCGCUCUUAAUAUUCGCAAUUCUCACCUGGCACUUCAACGCAGAUAUGAGAGUGCCUCUCCCUCGUCAGCUCCUUCGAUUCUUCGAUAAACCCUGGGAAAUCCUCGACGAUGUUUGUAUUGACAUCCACCGCACAUACACGACAAUGGCCAAGUCGGAGUCAGUAAAGAGCUUUAAAAGAAGAUUUGUCGAGCUACUAGGGCUUGUAGAGCUUUUUGUGGUCAAGGGGAAAUGGGUCUUGUAUAUUUAG